GGUACGACAGGAAUCGCCGCUGCGUUCGCUCUCUCUCAUUCCCACUUUCUGCUCCCUCUCUAGAAUUUUUCUGUUUUUUCGCUCCCAAUUCGAUCUGGGUUUUUAUCGGCAGAGCCUCACAUACCAAUAAUGCAACGACUCGUUGACAACGUCCUCGCAGUUACCAAAGAGUCAGUGAAAACAUUCACUUAUGAGUCUUUAAACAAUGUUGUGAGACUGAUAAAUGGAGUAUCAGCACUUUUGUUGGCUAUCUUGCCGGGGAAGACUAAUAUUCUUGAAGGUAUUCAUGGAUGGGAACUCAAGCCAACUUUUCGUGGACCUCGACUUCCACGCUGGAUGGAGAAUGGUGUAUCGUCUUUUAAUCAGUUCAUCCAUGAGUUGUCUGUGGAUUCUGAUACUUCAUCAAGCGUAGAUUACUCAUCUGGAGAAGACAGUGAUGAGAACAUACAUCUGGCAUCUCCAUUGUCCCAAAGUUCACGAGUCUCCAGGGCAAGCAGUUUCUUCAAGUACGAUAGACGUAGGACAGGUUUCUUCAGAUGCAUAUUCUCAUGGAUUCUGCUUCCAGCAAAAUUCCUUCUUAAGAUACCAUUCUAUAUUUGUCGCACAUCUUACUCUAGGUGGUCAAAAGUCCCUAGUACCACAAUUAGCCAGCCUUCAAAUUUACGUUCUAUGAAGAAAGCACAUGUCCUGAAGGACCAUCAUGUUCAACGCGCCACUGACAAGAGGCGUGGAGUCAUAGAGGAUCUCCAUCUGGCUAUUGAGAUCAUCAUAGAAGUUAUAUUUGAUGUUGUUCACAAGGCAGCACAUUGUCUUCUUUCGCCAUCAGAUGCUUUCAGGACACUAUCAACGUGGUUCUUUUCUCAUAGCAGCAGUACUGAAGAUGUUCCUGCUGGCAGUUCGACUGACUCUGUCCCUGCAGCUACUCUUGGAGAGAAUGAUCCAACUCCUACAGAAAGGAAUACUUCUUUUCAUCAGUCUCUGAAUACAGAUGCUCGGACAUGUAGGGAUGUCAUAACAGAGCUUGGGUACCCAUAUGAAGCCAUUCGUGUGACUACUGCCGACGGUUAUGUUCUCUUGCUGGAAAGAAUUCCAAGACGCGAUACGCGGAAGGUUGUCUAUCUACAACAUGGAAUUAUGGAUUCAUCUAUGGGUUGGGUGUCUAAUGGAAUUGUUGGUUCCCCAGCUUUUGCAGCCUUUGAUCAAGGGUACGAUGUUUUUUUGGGGAACUUACGUGGUUUGGUUUCAAGGGAACACAUUGACAAGAAUAUGUCCUCACGGCAGUACUGGCGUUACUCUAUCAAUGAGCAUGGAAGUGAGGAUAUACCAGCUAUUAUAGAGAAGAUUCACGAAGUAAAAACUUCUGAACUAAAGUCUAGCCAAUCUGAUCUUGAGGAAGAAAUCAGUAAUGAUCAACCUUACAAACUUUGCGCAAUUUGCCACAGCUUGGGUGGAGCUGCCAUUUUGAUGUACGUCAUAACCCAGCGGAUUGAAGAAAAGCCCCAUAGGCUCUCAAGGUUGAUCCUAUUAUCACCUGCAGGCUUCCACGAUGACUCCUCCUUUGCAUUUACUGUGGUAGAGUACUUAUUUCUUUGGCUAGCUCCUAUCUUGGCACCUCUUUUUCCUGGAUUCUAUAUACCAACCAGAUUUUUUCGUAUGCUCCUGAACAAGUUGGCAAGGGACUUCCAUAACUACCCCGCUGUGGGAGGACUGGUUCAAACAUUAAUGAGUUAUUUUGUUGGGGGGGACAGCUCAAACUGGGUUGGAGUGCUAGGGUUACCACACUAUAAUAUGAAUGACAUGCCGGGGGUUUCAUUUCAUGUGGCUCUUCACCUGGCACAGAUGAAGCGUGCUGGAAAAUUUAUAAUGUUUGAUUAUGGGAGUGCCGCUGCCAACAUGGACGUUUAUGGUUCUACUGAACCAUUGGAUUUGGGGGAAUAUUAUGGACUUAUUGAUGUUCCUAUCGAUCUUGUUGCUGGGCAGAAGGACAAGGUAAUCCGCCCAUCAAUGGUAAGAAAGCACUAUAAGUUGAUGAGAGAUUCUGGUGUGGAAGUAUCAUACAACGAGUUUGAAUAUGCCCACUUAGAUUUCACAUUCUCUCACCGCGAAGAACUCUUAGCCUAUGUAAUGUCCCGCUUGCUGCUAGUAAAGCCCACUCUGAAGCAGCAAUUUGGGCCUAAAAAUGCAAGGUUGAAGAAAAAAGAUGCAUAAAUGAAAUCUUAGUUGACAAAGAACGCUGCAAAAGCCUGAGGACUUAUUUUUUUGGUGCUUCAGGAAUUGGCAUGCUUGUGUUGUUUGUAUACAUACUACAGUUGUACAUGACAGAAUAGAUCGGCACUUGUUUACUUCAAUGUAUUUGGUCAUAGGGAUGCACUGCGCAUGUGUUGCACAUCUUGCUUCCAGUCAAGGAAAUCCAAUUGUUUGACGAGUCUUCCCAGUUUUAGACUCUGAACUCAAAGUUCCGUACUUGCUCAGAAACAAGUCUUUGGUUUGAUCGAAUUUUUGUUUGUAAUCAUACGAAUUGAAGGAGAUGGUUCCUGAAAAGUACUUCCAUAAAUAUGUAAUGUGCAAAGUCUCUCUGUGAGAAUUGUCUUGUUUAAGUA